ACGGCAGAACCCGGAAGUGGUGAGGCGGACAUUGGAGUGUGUGGAGGAGGGAGAGCGGGUAACGUGGCUCCUAGACCCCAACACAGCAAGGUAUCGGCCGCCGGGUCCCCGGAGGAGGAAACCGGAGAUCCAUGAGCCAGUCUUCACCAGGACUCAGCGUUGGAGAGGGAUGAGCGAAGAUGAGUCGACCUCCUUCCUCGCAGAACCUGACGUGCGGAGCGUGGGAGAUGAAGGAGCGCCUGGGCACAGGCGGAUUUGGGAACAUCAACCGAUGGAGUAACAAGGAAACCGGGGAGCAGAUUGCCAUCAAGCAGUGUCGGCAGGAGCUGAGCGCCAGGAACCGAGAGCGCUGGUGCCUGGAGAUCCAGAUCAUGAAACGGUUAAACCACCCAAAUGUGGUGGCCGCGCGGGAUGUUCCUGAGGGAAUGCAGAAACUCUCCCUCAAUGACCUGCCCCUGCUGGGAAUGGAAUACUGUGAAGGAGGUGACCUCCGUAAGUUCCUGAACAAGUUUGAAAACUGCUGUGGCAUGCGGGAGAUGCCAAUCCUCACCCUGCUCACUGACAUCGCUUCCGCCCUCCGAUAUCUGCAUGAGAACAGGAUCAUUCACCGAGACCUGAAACCAGAGAACAUUGUGCUGCAGCAGGGGGAACAGCGCUUAAUCCACAAAAUUAUUGACCUGGGUUACGCCAAAGAGCUAGAUCAGAACAGCCUGUGCACAUCCUUCGUUGGAACGUUACAGUACCUGGCACCAGAGCUCCUGGAACAGAAGAAGUACACGGUGACGGUGGACUACUGGAGCCUGGGGACGCUGGCCUUCGAGUGCAUCACUGGAUUCCGGCCCUUCCUUCCUAAUUGGCAGCCCGUGGCCUGGCACAGCAAGGUGAAACACAAGGGUGACCGGGACAUCAUGGUGGCCGAAGACAUGAGCAUGGAAGUGAAGUUUUCAAACCAGCUUCCUCAACCCAACAACCUGAACAGUGAGCUGGUGGGUCCCAUGGAGCAGUGGCUGCAACUGAUGCUGAAAUGGAACCCGAAGGAGAGGGGCACCGACCCCGUGCACGGGCCCAACGGCUGCUUCAAGGCGCUGGACGACAUUCUGAACAAGAAGUACGUGCAGAUCCUGGACAUGAAAUCGGGAGUUGUCCACACCUACCCAGUCACUCCCGAGGCCAGCCUUCAGUGCCUGCAGCAGUGGAUCGAAACCACGGCCAACAUCCCGGCCUAUAACCAGGAGCUGCUGUUGGAGACGGGAACUGCCAUAGACCCUCGGAAACCUGUGAUCCAGUGUAUGCCAGACAACAGGCAGCCGUGCGAAGGGAAGAAGUCGGAACCGACCAUCAUUUAUCUCUUUGACAAGAGCACCAGCACCUACGACGGGCCGGUCCUGGUCCCCAAACAGCCCGACGCAGUCAGCUUCAUUUUGCAGGACCCGAAGAGGAUGCUCCCCUACGUGCAGCUGCGGCGAGCCUGGGGGCAGAGCUGGGACCUGAUCCGCAACAUGAAAGAGAUCUGCGUCCGGCUCCAGCAGGGACAGCGGGCGGCCAUGAUGAGCCUGCUGCGAUGCAACAGCACUCUGUCCAAGAUGAAGACCACCAUGAUGUCCCUGUGCCAGCAACUGAAGGCCAAGUUGGACUUCUUCCGCGUCAGCAUUCAGAUCGACCUGGAGAAAUACAGCGAGCAGAUGGCCUUUGGGAUUACCUCCGAGAAAAUGAUUACUGCCUGGAAUGAAAUGCAGAUGAAGGCAGAAGGUUGUGGAAGGAUGAAUGACGUCAGCAGUCUAGACGAGCAGUCGAUGGCACUUCAGACAGACCUGGUCGAUCUACAGCGGAGCCCGUCGGCACGGCGACAGGGCGAGCCUCUGGAGGGUCUAGAGGAAGAGGCCAUGGAACUGUAUCGCAAACUCAGGGAAAGGCAAAGAGAGCAGCGGACCAAUGGAGACAGCCAGGCAAUGGUGCGCAUCCUCCAGCAGACGCUGCAGAGCUUUGACAGCAAGGUGAAGGACAUCUACUCACACCUCAGCAAGACGCUGGCCUGUAAGCAGAAGGUGAUCGACCUCCUCCCAAAGCUGGAGAGGGUCCUGCAGCUGAUGACCGAGGACGAGAAGCUGGUGAUGAAACUUCAGGAGAAACGGCAGAAAGAGCUCUGGCACCUGCUGAAGAUUGCCUGUAGUAAAGUCCGCGGCCCGGUGAGUGGGAGUCCGGAGAAUAUCAGCGCCAACCGCCUGUCUGCCCCCAGCCAAUCCAUCUCCCCUCCACGUGCCAUCUCAAGCAUGGAGAAGCCAAGAAAUGGCGAGGACUCGCUUCUGAUGAUUGAAGAAAGUCAGAACUAUCGCAGUCAGCUUCUAAAUGCUAUGCAGGAGACAAUUCAGGACCGGGAGAAUUCCUUACAGUCUCUGGAUUGGAGUUGGCUGUCCAGCCACUGAGGGAGAGGGCAGUGGAUUUGCACACCUUCGAUUAGCUGUGAACAUCUUGCAGAAUUCCCGUCAUCAGUGAUUGUGAUGCAACGACCCUCGUUUUGGAAAGAACUCCAACCAGCCGCCGUUCCUCUGUCGGUGACCAGUACCACCGAGCUGCCUCAUGGACGACUGUCUGGUCCGAUGUCCCAAUCCCUCCGUGCUCACAGGAUUAGGAAGGAACAAUCCCGUCUAUUUCUGCACUUGCUCUGUUUGCCACAGUGUGUUUCGUGGACCGUCUUGUGUGGGGUGGGGGCGCUACACAGGAGGGAAGACAUCUGACUCAAGAUUAUUUCUCAUACUGUGGGAGGGUUGGUAAUAAAAUGCUUCGUUUGAACAUGAUCCAGGUGCCAAUGAUAAUAACUGCAGCCAAAUGGAGCCCGUAAUCGAUACUAUGCAUACUUGUUAUUGAAUAAAUAAAAUGCCUUUAAAAGUGCCUUAUUAAAGUAGAGACAUCAUCUGUGUGCAACUGUAUAAGUUUUGCUGUUAUGACUAAACAGUGCAGCACAUACAAAAUGCUGGAGGAACUCAGCAUCUGUGGAAGUGAAUAAACAGUCGACAUUUUGGACCGAGGCCCUUCAUCAGGUCUCGGGCUCUUUAUUCGCUUCCAUCGAUGCUGUCUGACCUGCUGAGUUCCUCCAUCAUUUUGUGUGUGGUUGCUCUGGAUUUCCAGUAUCUGCAGAAUCUCUGGUGUUUAUAACCAAAUAGAGCCGUGUCUUGCUCACCUGGACACUUAUUGUGGGACAGAUUACUGAGGUCCUGCUGGCUUUUGGAUAAUGUGCCAACAUAAGAUUUUAACUUUUAUGGGGUCGAUAGGAGACCGAGACUGAGAGUGGAUGAUUCAAGCCUUCACCAAUAUAGACAAUAGACAGUAGGUGCAGGAGUAGGCCAUUCGGCCCUUCGAGCCAGCACCGCCAUUCACUGUGAUCAUGGCUGAUCAUACACAAUCAGUACCCCGUUCCUGCCCUCUCCCCAUAUCCCUUGACCCCGCUAUCUAUAAGAGCUCUAUCUGACUCUCUCUUGAAUGCAUCCAGAGAAUUGGCCUCCACUGCCUUCUGGGGCAGAGCAUUCCACAUAUCCACCACUCUCUGGGUGAAAAAGUUUUUCUACAUCUCUGUUCUAAAUGGCCUACCCCUUAUUCUUAAUGUGAUUCAGCAUAUUAUGAUUCAGAGUAAGUAAUUUUAUUUGUAUACAGAAAAUAAAUGUUGACUUAGUGGUGAAAUUCUCA